AUGAAACCGGGCGAGUUACAGCCGCCCAGGUCCGUGGUGUUUUCUGGGUUCUCCCCUUAUGGGAUCAAAGCGCACAUCCCGAUCACGCGUGGGUUAACGUUGAUCCAGCCCGCUCGGGAAACCACGCGGACUAUUACAGUAUCUGUCUCCUACGUACAGCGCUUAUUUGGCGUGGUAGACGUCCCGUACAACUUUGAACUCUUCCCUUCACUAUUUCCAGGAUUUAUCUUCAAGAAGGCCCGCACAAAAGACGUUUCUUCUACCUUCACCCGCCUUGUCUAG